AGAGUAGGACCCCAAGGCCCGCCCGGACCCCGAGGACCCCCUGGACCAUCUGGCAAGGACGGCAUAGACGGAGAGCCUGGCCCUCCUGGUUUGCCUGGUCCACCAGGGCCAAAAGGUGCACCAGGGAAGCCUGGAGCAGCUGGUGAAGCUGGAUUACCUGGCCUUCCUGGAGUGGAUGGUUUAACAGGAACUGAUGGCCCACCUGGCCUAAAUGGACCUCCAGGAGAUCGCGGUGCAUUAGGACCUGCCGGACCACCUGGACCAGCUGGCAAAGGACUACCAGGACCUCCAGGGCCUCCAGGACCCAGCGGGCUUCCAGGCGGAAAUGGAUUUCGGGGUCCUCCUGGGCCUUCUGGUCUGCCAGGUUUCCCAGGGCCUCCUGGACCUCCAGGACCUCCUGGUCUUCCAGGCAUCUUUCCAGAUGGUGGCGGGGAUCUUCAGUGCCCAGCUUUGUGCCCACCAGGUCCUCCAGGUCCACCCGGAAUGCCAGGGUUCAAGGGACACACUGGUCACAAAGGAGAACCUGGCGAAAUAGGAAAAGAAGGAGAGAAGGGUAGUCCUGGCCCUCCAGGUCCUGCAGGCAUUCCCGGCAGCGUUGGCCUUCAGGGUCCAAGAGGUCUAAGAGGAUUGCCUGGUCCGAUGGGUCCGGCUGGUGACAGAGGUGACAUCGGUUUCAGAGGGCCACCUGGCAUCCCAGGACCUCCAGGGAAAGCUGGAGACCAAGGAAACAAAGGACCUCAGGGCUUCAGAGGACCCAGAGGAGACACUGGUAGACCUGGACCAAAAGGAAACCCAGGACCUCGUGGACUCAUAGGAGAACCUGGCAUACCUGGCAAGGAUGGACGAGAUGGAGCUCCUGGACUCGAUGGUGAGAAGGGUGAUGCAGCUCGCAUGGGUGUUCCUGGAGAGAAGGGGCCGAACGGACUUCCCGGAUUGCCUGGAAGAGCAGGUAUUAAAGGCUCGAAGGGUGAACCAGGCAGUUCUGGAGAGAUGGGAGAGGCAGGUCCCUCUGGAGAGCCAGGCAUCCCUGGCGAUGCUGGUGUUCCUGGUGAGAGAGGCCUGCCCGGACCCAGGGGAGCAACUGGUCCUCUUGGUCUCCAAGGCCCGAUUGGCCCCCCAGGUGUAAGAGGCUUCCAGGGUCCCAAAGGUGCCAGUGGGGAACCUGGCCUUCCUGGUCCAACGGGAAUUCGUGGAGAAUUUGGUGACAGGGGUCCGACGGGCGCCGCUGGUCCCAAGGGCACCCAGGGCAUCGCCGGCGCCGACGGCCUAAAGGGGAGCUGGUGGGGUCCCUUUGGUCCUCCCGGCCAGAAAGGAGAGCCAGGCAAAAGAGGAGAGCUUGGUCCUAAAGGUGCCCAAGGACCUAACGGGACUGCUGGUGUUCCUGGGAUUCCUGGACAUCCGGGGCCCAUGGGCUUCCAGGGAGUGCAGGGUGUCCCCGGCAUCGCAGGAAAGCCUGGCCCUCCUGGCAAAGAGGCCAGUGAGCAACAUAUAAGGGAACUCUGUGGGGAAAUGAUAAAUGAUCAAAUCGCCCAGCUCGCUGCUAACCUGAGGAAGCCGCUGUCCCCCGGCAUGACGGGCCGUCCCGGCCCCGCCGGCCCGCCCGGACCUCCCGGCACCAUGGGAAGCGUUGGGCAUCCCGGGGCUCGCGGUCCCCCCGGCUACCGGGGGCCGCCGGGAGAACUCGGCGAUCCCGGGCCCAGAGGAGACGCUGGUGAAAAGGGAGAUAAAGGACCAGUCGGCCAAGCUAUCGAUGGGCCGGAGGGAGAUCAAGGGCUUCAAGGACCACCCGGUGUACCUGGAAUAAGUAAAAAUGGUCGGGAUGGUGCUCAAGGGGAACCCGGUCUUCCAGGGGAUCCUGGUACUCCCGGGAUGAUUGGGGCUCAGGGAACUCCGGGAAUCUGCGACACGUCAGCCUGCAUGGGAGCUGUUGGAGCAUCAACUUCCAAAAAAUCAUAAAACAACACUAUGAGCAGAGGAAAAGUGACUGAAUAUUUAAGUAAACAGAGCAUUGUGAGAAAACAGCGAGAAUCCUCCUAGUGAUAAACGGACAGAUGUUCCUUCUAUUAAAAUGAAUUAAGUGGAGACUUUGACAUAGCAAUUCAGUUCUAUGAAAAAAAA